GUGGCGUACCGGCCUGCGCGUCCGCGUCCCUCACGCUGCCCUCUAUCAGAUCGUCUUCCGUGAUGGUGGUCGUUGCACCGGCUCGUAUGUAACAUUUUACUGCCCUUCUGCCAUGACAGCCAGGGGAACCUCGAGUCGCUUCCUUAGAAGUGUGCUGCAAAACGGCGUGGGCCGAUACGUCUGCCAGCUUAAGAGGGUCUCGCUCAUCUUUUCCAAGAACGGACAGGGAUCCCUUGGAGCCAGAGAGUUUAUUGAGGAUGGCGUGGUGGAUUUCGCCAGGAAAAAUCCCGGAGUCGUGGUCUAUGUGUCCCCCCAGCCCGUCCAAGUAGCCAAGAUUGUGGCAGAAUACCUGAAUGGCAGCGUGAGGGAGGAGACCGUCAACAAGAAGACGACCCAGGAGAUUGGGGAGAUACUGGGGCAGCUGGCCAACCAGUCGGGCCUGGACAUCAUCCGCAUCCGCAAGCCCUUCCACACGGACAGCCCCAGCAUCCAGGGCCAGUGGCACCCCUUUGUCAACCGGCCGUCCACCCUGGGCAUGAUCCGGCCUCAGGACAGGCAGCCCGAAUGAGACCGAGGGGCGCUCUGCCCUGGGGGAGUCGGCGACAGCUCUGCCGGUGCAUCGCAGGUCCGGAGAAGUACUGUGAAAUGUUGCGGGGGUCGGUCAAUAUUUUGUCAUGUGACAGUCCAAGCAUCGACGGCGCCACCUCGGGUUCGAGGUCGUUUGGAGAGUUGCGGACCGUAUCUGUUGGGCCUGGAGAGUCAGACACAAAGUGGCAGGUUCCCAGCUUUCCUUGUUUCUCCCCCCCCCCCCCCCACCUUUGAGGCGUUCCACCCGUCCGUCAUGCUGAAAUAAAUUGUUUCCUGACCUCCUGAAUGAUCCAUUAACGUGUUUGUGGCUCGUAUUCUGGCCCUGAAGGUGAGGUCGCCAGCUUGGUGCUGGAGGCCCGUAACAGGUGCUUGUACCGGCUCUGUAGAUCGGUCUGGAGACCUUUUCAUCUCUGUUUGAUGUUAAGUCGAGUUGGAAAAUGGCCAAUGUGCAUUAAACACCCACCCUGGUUUUUA